AUGAGCAUGCUCAAGGCAAAGGAAGACUGGUUUACUGAUAUGUGCAAUGUCAUUGAACAGAACCUCCAAGCAAACAACGCCAAGAAGGCCUACCAAGAAGUGAAGGACCUCACCAGCAGCAAGCAAGGACGGCCCAGAACCAUUCUCGACAAAAAUGGGAAGUGUCUGACCUACUCCAAAGACAUCUUGAACAGAGAAGUGGAGGAAGCAGUGAAGUCCCUGAAGAAAGGAAAAUCAGCAGGUAUUUGUAACAUCCCAGGAGAACUAGUGCAAGCAGGUGGUGAGGCCAUGAUCGAUGUGCUACAUGCAAUCUGCCAGAAGAUCUGGGAGACAGGAGAGUGGCCAACACCAUGGACCCAGUCUUUAGUGAUCACCCUACCCAAGAAAGGCAACCUACAACAGUGCAACAACUACCGCACCAUCAGCCUUGAUAUGCCAUCCUAG